AUGGGUAUCAAUGCCGAUUCCCGCAGACAAAAUGCCAAGACAAGGAUAAUUCAAAUAGUGUCAGCCUUGGCAAUUUGUUGUGUAGUAGCAGUUGUUAUGGUUAGGAAUAGAACUGUUGAAAACCGCGACACUAACAAAGAUAGCGGGAAGCCUUGGCUAAACAUCCGUUUGCCAAGCAAAGUUCUACCAAUACACUACGAUAUGUUGAUAAAAGUGAACCUCAAAGAUCUAGAAUUUUCUGGGAAAUCAACAAUAUCUUUCCAAGUUACUGAAUCAACCAAUGUCAUUUUAUUUCAUAUAAAUAAACUUAGAAUAAGAAAUGCGCAGGUUCUUGGCAAAUCCGAAAAAAAGCAUCUUAAAGUACGAAAACAGUUUGAAUACAAGAGGCAUCAGUUUUAUGUCUUGAUAUUGGUUGAAGAACUUGACGUUGGUGAAUACAAAUUGAAAUUGAACUUUGAUGGGGAUAUCGAAACAAAGGAAUUAAAUGGAUUCUAUAAAAGUACUUAUAAAACUAAGGACGGGAAAACAAGGACGUUGGCCCUAACGGACUUCGAACCAUCAGAUGCACGCAAGGCAUUUCCGUGCUUCGAUGAACCAGCAUUCAAAUCAACGUUCACUUUCAACAUUGAGCAUGGCAGUGAAUAUACGGCGCUGUCCAACAUGAACGUCUACUCAAGGCAAAAGGUCUCCGAUACACGAACAGUGUCCAAGUUUGCCAAAUCUGUUCGCAUGCCUACCUAUUUGAUCGCGUACAUGGUAUCCGAUUUCAAGCAUCUUGAGGCAACGACAGGAAAAUUUAACAAUGUCACGAUUCGUACUUGGGCUAGUCCUGAACAAUACCAAGACUCAGCCUAUGCAUUAGGUAUCGGAAAAACUGUCACCACGUUUUAUGAGAACUAUUACGGAAUACCAUAUCCAUUACCGAAACAAGAUAUGAUUGCAGCGCCAGAUUUCAACUCAGGUGGAAUGGAAAAUUGGGGCAUAAUUAUGUAUCACGAGACUACUCUUUUAUACAAACCUGGUCUGUCGUCAGCAUACAAUAAGGAGAGGGUCACUCAUGUGGUAGCACACGAGCUGGCACACAUGUGGUUUGGCAACCUGGUAUCGUGCCUGUGGUGGAAUGAUUUGUGGUUAAACGAAGGCUUUGCGUCUUACAUGGAGUACCUGGGUACAGAUCACGCACAACCUAAAUGGAAAUACCUUGAUACGUUUCUUUUAAAUGACUUAUAUCGUGCAUUCCGUCUGGAUGCGUUCGCUUCGUCCCAUCCCAUUACAGUUGAUGUUGAAAAUCCAGCUGAUAUUGCAACUAUAUUUGAUGGGAUAACUUACUCCAAGGGUGCUUCCAUUAUCCGAAUGUUGUCUGGCUUCUUAGGAGAAUCGGUGUUUCAGAAGGGUAUAAAGUACUACCUUGAGAAACACAAAUUCGGCAAUGCUGAAGCAAAGGAUUUGUGGAAUGCGCUCAGUGAGGUCUCAGGCAUAGACAUCGAAACUAUAAUGGAUUCUUGGACCAAUCAAAUGGGUUUUCCUGUCGUCUACAUCUCCAGGGAGUCGUCGGGUAAAGGAAAAGCGACCCAAAAACAUUUUCUUCUUAACUCGAAUUCCCAAAAUUCGAAAGAGUCUGACCAAGGAUAUUCUUGGUAUGUCCCGUUUGAUUACAUUCUGGAGGGCAAUACUCACAGAAAGAUAUCUUUGUGGAUGAACAGAACCUCAGCUUCCUUUGAUUGGCCUAGUAAAAAAUGGUUGAAGGCAAACGUAGGGCAGCGUGGAUAUUAUAUCGUAAAUUACGACAAGGAAAAUUGGGUGAAGUUGUCAUAUGUUUUGAUGAAGAAUCACAAGAUCCUCGAUUCAACGGACAGAACUAGUCUGAUUAACGAUGCAUUCACCUUAGCCAGGGCAGGGAACAUUGAUUAUGGUAUAGCCUUCAAUUUGGUAAAAUAUAUGAAGAAAGAGACAAGAUAUGUACCCUGGCAAACUUUAUUGGACAAUAUUGAAUAUUUGGAUAAGAUGUUGAGAAAGGAAGAUAUUUAUCAUAAGUUUAAGCAAUUGAUUUUAGAUAUUUUGGAUAGCAAAAUCGAUGUAAUCAGAGGGGGCAGAAAAUUAGAUUCCAAAGAUAACCCUUCAAAUAUUAAAAUGCGCAGAUUGAUUUUGAAUGCCGCUUGCUCCUUUGGUCAUCAAAAAACGAUAGAAAACGUAAAAGUUUUAUUUAAACGAUAUCUGGAAAGCAAAAGCAAACUUGAUGUUGACUUGAAAGGUGCAAUAUACGCACACGGAAUAGCAAAUACGGGAAAAAAAGAAUGGGAAAAGUUGUUCGUGAUAUAUCGAAGUACUACCAUUGCUUCCGAACGAUCCCUGUUGAUACAUGGACUUUCUAUGUCACGAAAUAAGGCAUUAUUACAAAAAUUUCUGAAAUAUUCUAUUGAUGGAAGCAAGGACACAGUUACAAUUAUAAAUAAUGUUGCCAACAAUCCAUUUGGACGAAAUCUCGCGUGGAGGUUCCUCAAACAAAACUGGAAUAUAUUCUACGAAAGGUACAGCAAAUUAAGUUUUCGAUUAGCAAGUGUUAUCUCCAGCACGACCUCAAUGAUGAACGCAAGAGAUGAAGAGAAAGAGGUUACAGACUUUUUCAAAGGCUUGGAAAAAGGAUCAGGUGCAAGAGCAGUCGAAUUAUCAAUUGAGAGCAUAAAUGCAAAUAUUAAAUGGGUGGAAAGAAGUGCGCCACAAAUAAGACGUUACUUAGACAGUGUAAAAAAAUAAAAAUUACUUUAUAUCCAUGUAAUACAUUAUAUAACCUCGUUGCAUGCAUGGACUUGACUAGGCUACUGUACGAGGUAAAAUGCAUGGGCCCCAUUUACACGACAUGAAUUUUUGGCACAGGCCACUUAAAAUCGCCCAUAUAAUAG